GAGGAGGAGGACGAGAACGAUGAGGAGGAUGAGGAGGAUGAGGAGGAUAAGGAGGAGGACGAGAAUCGGGAGGAGGAGGAGAAGGACAAGGACGGGGAGGAAAACGAAGAGGAGGAGGACGAGGACAAAGAGAAGGAUGAGAACGAGGAGGAGGAGGAAGAGGAGGAGGGCGUGGAGGAGGAGGACGAGGAGGAGGAUGAGGAGGACGAGGAGGAGGAGGCGGACAAGGCAGUGGAGGAGGAGGAGGACGAGGAGGACGAAGACGAGCACAAGGAGGAGAAUGAGGAGGUUGAGGAUGAGGAUGAUGAGGAGGAGGAUGAAGAGGAGCACGAGGAGGAGGACAAGGAGGAGGAGUAUGAUGAGGAGGAGGAAGAGGAGGAGGAGGAGCAGGACGAGGACGAGGCAGAGGAUGAGGAAAAGGAGGACAAGGAGGAGGAUGAGGAGGAGGACGACGAGGAGGACGAGGACGAAGAUGAAGACGAUAAUGAAGAGGACAAGAAAAAAAAGAAGCAUGAGGAGGAUGAGGAGGAGGAGGACGAAGAGGACGAAGAGGACGAGGACAAAGAGGACGAAGAGGAGAAGGAAGACGAGGAGGAGGAGGAUGAAGAGGAGGAGGAGGAAGAGGAAGACAAGGACGACGAGGAUGAGGAGGAAGAGGGGGAGGACAAGAAGGGGGAAAAGGAGGCAGAGGAGGGGGAGGACAGGAAGGAAGAGGACGAGGAGGAGAAAGAGGAGGAUGUGGAGGAUGAGGAGGAGGAUGUGGAGGAUGAGGAGGAGGACGAAGAGGACGAGGAGGAGGAGAAGAUGCAUGAGGAUGAGGAUGAAGAGGAGGAGCACUGGGAGGAGGAGGACGAGGAUGAGAACGAGGAGGUGGAGGAUAGGGAGGAGGAGGAUGAGGAGGAGGAGGGUGAGGGGGAAGACAAGGAGAACGAGGACGAGGAAGACGAGAAGGACGAGGAGGAGGACGAGGUGGAGGAUGAGGAAAAGGAGGACGAGCAGGAGGCAGAGGAGGAGGAGGAGGAUGUCAAGGACAACAAGGAGGACGAGGAUGAGGAGGACAAGGAGGACAAGGAGCAUGAGGAGGAGGAGGAGGACGAGGACAAAGAGGACGAAGAGGAAGAGGAAGACGAGGAGGAGGAGAGGAGGAGGAAGAGGAGGAGGAGGAGGAGGAGGAGGAGGAGGAAGAGGAGGAGGAGGAGGAGGAGGAGGAAAAGGAAGACUAGGACGACGAGAAUGAGGAGGAAGAGGGGACGAGGAUGA